AUGAUAACUGAGUGGAUCAUAUCCUCACAUAAAUAUAUGUACAAUGAGGAUCUUGAUAGAAAAGAUGCAGAUCUGACAUUCCAAUCAAUCGUUGCCCUAUUUGGAGUGGGUGGAGCAGUUGGUGGGCUGUCAUCAGGAGUGCUGGCUGAUGCAGCGGGCAGAAGAGGAUGCUUGCUCUAUACGAAUAUUAUUGCAUUUCUUGCUGCUGCUUUUAUGGGAACAGCGAAAUACGCCGGAAUCUACCUGAUGAUGCAUGUUGGACGCUUUUUUAUUGGAGUCUACGUAGGUAUUUCGGUAGUUGUUCCUAUGUACCAGAUAGAAAUUGCGCCAACUAAUCAUCGCGGGCUCAUCGGCUCGUUUCAUCAGCUUCUUAUCUGUGCUUCAAUUCUUUUUUCGCAGAUCAUGGGCCAUCCGCUGCUCUUUGGUACACCGGAAAAAUGGCCGAUUAUUUUCGGCUUUAUCGCGAUACCAGCUAUUGUACAAGUUAUUACAUUGCCAAUGAUACCCGAAUCUCCUCGAUUCACCCUUUGUAUUAGAGGUGAUAUCGAACAGGCCAAGGAGGAUCUGGAAACUCUACGAGGAACAAGAGAUAUCAAUGUGGAAAUUAAUAGUAUGCGAGCAGAGGUAGUCGCACUAUAUGAUUCUCUGUAUGAUCGGCCAUCCAUGUUCGACAUGUUCCGGAGAGAAUUCGUAUACCCGACGAUGAUCGUCAUUGUGAUGAUGAUCUUCCAACAAUUGACAGGUAUGUGA